AUCAUGGCUGCUGCACGCUGUCUCCGUGAGUUCUCUGAUCAGACUUGUUCCAUCUGCAAGCAAUGCUUCGACAAUCCAGUGACUAUUGACUGCGGGCACAAUUUCUGCGAAGCCUGCCUCCCCUUGCUGCCUCAUUGGGGGGAGCCCAACAGAGACCCGUCCUGCCUGCUGUGUAGCGAAACCGUCCAUCAAAGGAACUUCAAGCCCAACCAGCAACUGGCCAACCUUGCACAGCUUGUCAGGAAACUUCAGGAGGGGGCGAAAAGAGAUGCAGAAAGGAGGGAAGUGAGCAAGAGUCACCAAGAUCCCCCUUGGCUCUUCUGCAAGGAGGAUCAAGCCCCCAUCCACACAGGGUCCGAAUGCAACAAGGAGGAAAACACCCACGAUGUGGUUCCUGUAGAAGUGGCCCCUCAAGGAUCCAAGGUGACCCAAGCUGCAUCUCCUAACAUCAAUGCCACAAAGACCCCAGUUCUGGGCUCACCAACCACAAAUGACGAGCAGGAAACCAUGUGCUCUAUCUGCAAAGAAUAUCUGAUAGACCCGGUGACCCUGGAUUGCGGCCACAACUUCUGCCGGGGGUGCAUCACCAACUAUUGUAAGAUAUGGGAAAUCCAGGAUGGGGGACCAUUGGAGUGUCCUCUUUGCAAAUUCCAGAUCCAGAAGUGGAAUUUUCGACCCAAUUUGCAGCUGGCAGAAACAGUAGAAAACCUCAAACUCCUUCCACUAAAGUUAUACAAGGAAAGAAUCCAGACCCAGCUGAAGUCUUGGGAGAAAGAAAAGCAAAUCCUUGUCGAUCGGAAACAGUCCGAAGAAGAGGAAAAGCAGAAGUGUCUGAAACAGUUAAAUGCAGAAAAGGGGAAAAUAAAAGACACCUUUGAGCAGAUGCAAAAUUCUCUGAAGCUAAAAGAGAGCUCCUUGCUGGCCUGCCUGAGAAAUCUGGAAAAGGAGAUUAAGAAGAAGGUGGCAGAAAAUGGCAACAGACUCACGGAGGACAUUUCCCACCUCACUAACUUGAUCGCUGAGGUGCAGGAGAAGUGUGAGCAGCCCCCACUGCUAUUCCUUCAGGACAUUGAAAGUACCUUGCUCAGGUACGAGGAGAAACGAGCAGAACAUUCAGCAGACCUUUACACCUGGUUGGAGGAGAGACUCAAGAUCUGUUCUCAGAAAAAUUCUGCGCUAGUAAACGAUAUGGUGAAAUGUGCAGAUUCUAUGGAGGAAGUAUUGAAGAAAGCGCCUCUGGAGGAAACACUGGAGAAAGUGAGCGUGACUCUGGAUCCACAAACCGCACACCCUCUGCUCACGCUGUCUGCCGACCUGAAGAGCGUGAAGGUUGGGGAGGUGCCUGAUGACGAGGACAUGGACGGAUUGCACUGCAUACCCUACGUGCUGGGCCGUGAGAAGUUCACAUCAGGGAGACAUUGGUGGGAGGUGGAGCUGGGUUUAAAUGCAGAAGACGAGGAAUACAUGGAUCAGGAGUGCUUGUGGAUCGUAGGGGCUGCACAAGAGUCCUUCCAGAGAAAUAGAGGUUUUGACCUGAGCCCUAAAGCUAGGAUCUGGGCUGUGGGGGUGAGCCCCUUUUCCAAAAAGCUCACUGCUUUCACUUCCUGCGGGCCAACCCAUUUGUGCUUGGCACAUGAGGUGAGGAGGAUCCGAGUAUCCCUGGAUUACAAAGCAUGCCAGGUGGAGUUUUUUGAUGCCGAUACAAAUGCCUCGGUUUUCACUUUUUCUGCAGCUUCAUUCACUGGGGAGGUCAUUCGUCCCUUUUUUUGUCUGGGGGGAGAAGGACUUGAAUUGAAGUGUGGAAACUGAGUAGAAUAUUCACCAGCCCUGGUCUUACCCCUAAAA